AUGACGGACACUCCGAGAUCCGACAAGUCCCAGACGAGAUUCAGCACUCCGGUAUCUGAACUCGACGACCACCGCAGACAGCCUGCAAACAUGCCCCUGGCAGACCCUGGGUCUCCAGCACGAUCGCGCCGACCUACUUUCGCAAGCGUGCAUGGCCAAGAUCGACCCACUCUUCUCCUUCAAGUCAACGAAGCCCUCGAGGCAGACAUCACCCGACGCGACUUUGAAAACGCCGUUGUCGACGACGAUACCUAUCUAGCGCCGGAGGCCUAUGGACGACGUGGCUCCCAAGCUCAUAGUCCACACCAUGUUCGCCGCGAUACGUUCCGUCGCCCGCGCGAUCCCGCUGUGGAACGCCUGUCUAAGAGCAGGGCUUCCUCUACCAGUUCGCGCUCGGUAUCUCCGCCCAAUUCGGUAGAUGCGUUCGCGGGGCCUCGUCGUCGCGACCGUGCCAACACGCUUCAGAGCGUCGCGGGAUCAGACGUCGAGCUCGGACUACACAGGACGCAUUCCCGAAACACGGCACGCCGCCCCACGAUUAGCGACGAGCGACCGGAGGAGUUGCAGAACGCUGAUGUCACCUCCGCGCACAGCUCUGCCGAAGAGGACGUUUGCUUCCCUGUGUCAGAAGAUCCCGGAAAGACCACAAGGUUUGAUUACGAGGAGCUAGAGGAAUUCGUCGCCGAGGCACAGGCAAAGACGCCCAUCGGCCAGCCCCUGCGUCACAAGGCCAGCGUUGCCUCUCGUCUCUCCUCGAAGCCCAAGGUCUUUUCAGACCUUCGCCCAAAGUCGAGCCAGUCGACAACGCCCAAGAACGAUGCUGAGACUGCGACUCUUAAGAAUGUGGAUCCUUCUAUUCAGGAGAAGCUUGCGCAAGAAGGGUUGUCGCACAUGUUUACCGAGAAGCCUGUAGAAUCGGUAGCCAAUCGCUGGACCUUCUUCUCAUCCGAAUUAGACGACACCAUUCAUGCUGCUGAGCUGGGUGGCCUCUUGAUGCCUGGCGAACGCUUCCGUGACAUCUUCGAGACGCCACCAGACAGCGGUGUCUGGUGGCUGGACAUGGUCAACCCAACAGAAGAGGAGGUCUUCGCCAUCUGCAAGGCGUUUGGAGUGCAUCCUCUUACGCGAGAGGACAUUGUCAUCCAGGAACCCCGCGAGAAGGUUGAGCUGUUCCACCAGUACUACUUCGUCUCCUUCCGCUCCUUUUACCAAGCCGACAAAGAAUCUGAAGACUACCUCGAGCCUGUGAACUUUUACGCGGUCGUCUUCAAGGAGGGCCUGUUGACCUUUACCUUCUGCGAGAGCCCUCAUACGCUGAACGUUCGUAAGCGUAUCAGCCGCCUUCGAGACUAUAUCAACCUCAACGCCGAUUGGAUCUGUUACGCUCUCAUUGAUGACAUUGUCGACAGCUUCGCUCCCGUCAUUCGCGGCAUCGAAGAUGAGGCCGAAGCAAUCGAGGAUUCGGUCUUUACUGCUCGCAUCGAAGACUCCCGUGCCAUUUUACGCUCCGUCGGCGACUGUCGCAAGCGCGUCAUGCAAUUGCUCCGUCUUUUGGGCGGCAAAGCCGACGUCAUCAAGGGCUUCGCCAAACGCUGCAACGAGUCUUACAGCGUCGCUCCCCGCGGCGACGUCGGUCUUUAUCUUAGCGAUAUCCAGGAUCACGUCGUCACCAUGAUGUCCAACCUGGCUCAUUUUGAAAAGAUGCUGGGCCGUGCGCAUUCCAAUUACCUGGCGCAAAUCUCGGUCGAUCAGGUGAUGCAGGGCAAUGCUAGCAACGAGACGCUGCAAAAGGUCACGGUUAUUGCUACGAUUCUGGUGCCGCUCAAUCUGAUUUGCGGUCUGUUCGGGAUGAAUGUACGGGUCCCCGGUCAGGAUGGCAGCAUCGCUUGGUUCUUUGGCAUCUUGGGUGUCAUUUGUCUCUUUGUGGCCACUUGUCUGGCGGUUGCGAAGAGGAUGAGGUACAUUUAA